CUUCCUCCAUUUGCUUGCUCACAUACUGUGGAUGUAUUCGUAAAUAUUAUUUUCGCUUCUCUAAUUUCUCUUCAUUUCCAGCUUUGUAUCCCAUAUUGAUUGAAGAACUGGAGCUUCAGGACUCGGUAGUGAUCGAUUAGAAGAAGAAGUUACUUACCACGUUGUCAAGGUUUGAUUUAGUUUCUUAGUGAGGGAGAGCAUGACUAGUGGUGGACUUCGCACAAGCGUGAAGGGUUACCUGAUUGCACAACGCGUCACUGUAGCACAGGAAAUAAACACAGUGCAUGACGAUGAGACGAGCAUAAAUGUAACUAGCAAUUCCACUGCUGCUGAUUCUGUGGAUCAUCCACCUCCACUUUCAGUUCCCGAGACUUCAGCUUCAUACGGGCUCAGUAUCUGUGACGGAAAUAUUCCUUGUUUCCCAAUGUGGAGCUCUGCUGCAAAGAGCAUGGCUUCAUAUGGUGCUGGAACCAAAUCUAAUAGUCUGCCUCACAAUGUUCCUUCAUCUCCUCAGUCAGAGGUUGAGAUCCCUCAGACAGAGGUCGUGACCUUGCAGUCCUUCCAUUUGAGGAGCUUCCACUUUAAUGAGCUGAAAACAGCCACCACAAACUUCUGUCGACCUGAUAGUAUUAUGGCUCAAGGUGGUCUUGGUUCUGUCUAUAAGGGGUGGAUUUAUGAGCAUUCGUUCACAGCUGGCGAGCCUGGUACCAGCAUUGCCGUUGUAAUAAAGAGGUUUAGCCAACAAAGGACCCUGCAGAGUCAGAAGGACUGGUUGACAGAAGCUAACUUCCUUGGACACUUGGAACACCCAAAUCUGGUAAAACUGAUUGGCUACUGCCUAAAGGAUGGCAUGCGGCUUCGGGUGCAUGAAUUUAUCUCUCAAGGAAGCCUGAACAUUCAUCUAUAUGAAAGGGCUUCUCUCUAUAAACGACUUUCAUGGAACCAGCGUAUGAAGAUUGCCCUUGGUGCUGCCAAGGGUCUAGCAUUUCUUCAUAGUAAUGAGGCAAAAGUGAUUUAUGGGGACUUUGAAACUUCCAAUAUCCUUCUUGAUUCAGACUAUAAUGCCAAACUCUAUGGUUAUGGUUCGGCCAUGGAAAGGCUUCAAGGUUAUAGGAGCCAUGUCUCAGAAGCGGACAUGGCAAUGUAUGAGGACAGUGUCUUUCCUGCUGCUCACAGUGUGUUUGCAGCUCCUGAGACUUCUAAUGUUACAUGGGACUGUUCUUUCGAAGAUCACUUAACCCCGAAAAGUGAUGUAUACAGUUAUGGGGUUGUUCUGCUCGAAAUGUUAUCUGGCAGAAGAGCUUUUGACAGUAGCAGGUCCCUUAGAGAAGAAACUUUACUUCAAUUUGCGAAAAAGAUUUCUUCGUAAGGUGGUUCUGCCAAGUAUGCCAGCAAACGCGACAUUGCACACUUUUUUGAUGCUCAUAUUGAUGGGCAGUACUCUACGGACAGGGGUCUCGAAGCACUUAACCUUGCAAUUCAGUGCAUCUCAAACGAACCGGUGUCCAGGCCAAACAUGAAUGAGGUGGUAGAGAUAUUGGAGCAGAUUGGAGCAGAUUCAGUCGUCAAAAUGAAACUUUCUAAAAUCUCUAUGUCAAUUCAAGGAAUGCUCUCAGAUAUCUUGUUUUGAAAAUUGUAGAUCAUCCGAUCCACUAUCAUCCUGGUUCAUCUUUAUUUUGCAGCUACAUUUUUUUUUGAAUCAAACCUCGCAAAUGCGAGCUAAAAGAUUUAUUAAAGAUAAAGAGAAAUACAAGUAAAUAUCCUACA